CUUACAAGAGAGUAGAGAAAAGAGAGUGGAGUUGUGGGAAGAGCCGAAGCAGCAGUGCCAGAGAAAGAGAGUUGGGAGGAUUCGGGAAUGGGUGGCGGUAUAUCGUGGUGGUCGGAGAAGCCUGUUUUUUUCAAGAUUAACCGGAAAUCGGAAGCCGAUUCCCUUCUCAAGUCGUCCAUUUCCUCCAAGCUCCAUGACUUCCUCUCUGAUUACUCCGACGACGUUCUUUCCGAGUAUAUAACGGUGCUUAUUUGCAACGGAAAGCAUCAAUAUCAGGCGAGGGAUGAUUUGGACGCAUUUCUUGGCGAGAGGACUGCAGAAUUCGUUACUUGGCUAUGGGAUUUCCUCUCGAGUCAUGCUCUUCAAUCCAGUUCAGAGAUUAUUGCUUUAUCAGAUUCAAUAGAUGUCGCUGCUGUCACCGCCAAACACGACCAUGCUUAUCCCUCCUCCUUGGUUCUUUUACACGAGUCCAAUCGGUCACCUAAACAGGUUUUACAAGAAAAAAUUGUGCAAGCUCCUUCUAGCCAUUUUAAAUCCUCCUCAUCAGGAAAUGCUCAUCCCCGAAAUUCUGCUAAUAAUGUGACUGGAACAAGCCUCUCUGCACAUGCAACUGGUGUGGUAUCCGAGUCUCACCACAUUGGAAGGCCACGGGGCAGUGUUUGGGAUAGACUUAGCAAGCCAUUGGACAAUGCAGCUGAAGGGAGUGAGACUAUUGAUGUGAGUGCUGUUGCUCAGAUUAAUCAAGAUGAGCAACUACUUAACUGGCGAUCAUCAAUGCAUACUGCACCGAAUGGUGGACAUAGUCAGACUGUGAGAGGGGAAGUUCCUGGUCUUAGUAAGAAUGACCUUGCCGAGGGUAGAACAUUAGUGCACAAGCCUCAUCCACAGCAUUCCGCAAAUAACAUCAGACAAAAGAGACACUUUGGUGACAUCAGUCUUGGCCUUGGUGCUGGUUCAGUUUCUUCAGUGGGUGAGAGGAAAACGGGUCUCCAAAGCAAAGAAAAUUUACAGGAUUUGAAAAAACCACAUAAGACUACUGCUCUAAACUUGGCUUCGGAAGUUUUAGAUGUGAAACAAAAAUUGCAUCAAAUCGAGACGGAAAUGUCUAGGCUCCGAUCAAGGCAGAUGGAGAUGGAAAAAGAUGGAAAGCCAAAUUUAUUGUUAAAUUUUGGUUCGUCGAAGCGUCUGGAAGAAGAUUCUGAAUCAAGAACUAUAAUUGUGACAAAUGUACAUUUUGCAGCCACUAAAGAAGCAUUAUCCUUGUAUUUUUCCAAAUGUGGGUCAGUUGUCAACGUGGUGAUUCUGACUGAUGAAGCAACUUCACGACGAAAAGGGUCUGCUUAUGUUACUUUUGUUAGCAAGGAGUCUGUUGACAAAGCAUUGGAAUUGAGUGGAAGUCAGUUUUUUUCAAGGACUAUAAAGGUGCUGAGGAAGGCUGAAUCAGCAGCUGCAACACCGGGACCAGCCCAACAUGCUGGGACUCCAUCCCAAGCACCUUUAACUCACAUCAACAGAAAUUUUACUACUAACAAACUACAUUGUUCGAGCUCUCAUUUACAGUGGUGAAGGGUGGACAUCUCUGUUCCAUCAGACCCAUCAGCUACAGAAAAUGUUAAAUCGAAAGAAGCUGGAUCCUCUGCCUCCCAACAACAGCUUCCCGGCUCACCUGCAUCAGUAAAAAUGAGAUCUCUGUCUCGAGAGAACCCUGGAGCUUCCUAGUUCUGCUUAUAGUCACAUUUACUAAGCCUUUAAUCUUGUUUUUUUUUUGGGGUUGGGGGAUUGGAAGUAUUGUGAUUGGGUUCUCUGUGUUCUAAGCAAAUGCUGACCACGGUUGGCUAGUGUUUGGAUGUAUGGACUUGAUGAGGAUCAGUUGAUAUGAAAAAUCUUGUUAACCUUUGAAAUGCAGAUAACAAUGAAUCAGAUUCAAAAAUUUUCUUAU